CUCAUAUAUUUUAAUUAUUUGAUAAAAUGGCCACUACUUCAAAAACUCGACGUGGUUCAAAAACCACCCACCUAAAUAAACCUAACCGGGAAUAUUCAAAGGAAUCUCCGUCCACAGAUUCAUCAUCAAAAUUCGAUACAAAACCGACAACUACAACAAUGAAAUAUCAAACCACAAGACAUGACAGGAUAUCGGAACAGACUUUGUAUAUACAAAAUCUGCAAUUUCCCUCUGCAAGUUACAAUAAAUCCGCAAUAUAUAAAGUAAAAUGUCAGAGAAAUGAGCCAAAACGGCCCGAAUCGAAUACAACAACUCCAGCUAAGGAGCGUGGUUACGAUUUCACUAGUUCUACAAACUCAUAUUUUGCACAAAUGCUGGUAACAGUGCCGAAGAAAUUUCAAGCCAAAUGUUCUUCAACCUCCUCUGAUGCUAAGACCAGAAACAAACAGUCUUCGGAAACUAUGAAAAGCACAACACAAACUAGCCAAACACAUACAGACACUUCACAGCAAAUGAUAGAUAGCAAACACAAGGGCUCUCAGAAGUCUUUGAAUUUUCAUGGAGCCGAAUGGCGGAGACCUUGUAAAGAGAGUUUUGUAGCCGGAGCUCCACGCAAAUUCACGGGGACUUGUCCAACAAACUAUGAGCAAUUAUCCAAAAUGUCCAAAUCACGACAAAAAUUCUUCUUAACUCAGGAUCCUCGUAAAGUCCAUUGUCUAGUCAAUCCGGCGGUUUUACGCAGCAAAGAGUACUCGAGAAAAAAAGAAUUUAAUACACUAACAAAAAUGGUUAAACAUGCUCAAAAUGUUUGUGCCGCCACCGCCUCCGAAUCAUCGGAGGAUUUCAUUUGUGAGGUAAUAGAUUUGGAGAAUCCUUUACAAUUGGAUUUUCAGGGUCUGGACUAUAGCAAUACCUAUCAGAAAGAUGAACAGGAUUUUCAAAAUCAGCGUAACUAUCGAAGAGUUUGUCGCUACAUGGAGCGUAGGAGAGUCAAGACGGAAACGCAAAGAAAUGUUGAGCAGCAAUUACACGAGGAAAUGAUAAAUAUACCCAAACGUUUCGAUAUACGAGAUCGCAAUGAACCCGUACAUACCAUUCCACCUGAAACGCCACUUCAACUGGGUAAACUAUAUCGUUCAACCGACAAGCCUUACAAUCAAAACAUGAUAAACAUGGAAAAAGAACGCCGUCAAGAACGGUACAAGGAUCUAUACUUGCGCAACAAGGAACGACAAGUGCAGGAUAAACAAGCAAAUGAAAUCCGUAAAAAGGCAGAGACAGACAAUUUAGCUCUAACUCUAGCUGAUGCAAAUCUUAAGAAACUUAUAGCAAACAUUGAUGAAUCCAUUGAGAGAUGUGCGGGAAAAGAAUUGAAUUUAAAAAAAUCUCAAAAUGUAAGACGUACAUAUCCGCACACUAUGCAGGAGACUAAACAUUUCAAAAGUGUUUUAAAGCAAAUGAAUCUUAUAAGACGAGAUAAAGCCAGAAUCACAAAAAAGUUCUAUUUGGAGCGUAAAGGUAAAUCAAAAGAAUUUCCAGCUGCCGACUUGGAACUAAGUUCAGAUACUGUCGAUCGCGCUGAAGAAGGCUCUAAACUUACUGAGCAAUCUACAGACGAUGAGGAUAACAUGCAAGUGGGUAAGCAGGAAAGCAUAUUUAAGCUCAGGGGGUUUCAUUAUAAAUUGGGAUCCAACUUGAGAGGAAAAUUCACCCAACAUGAAAAGCUGCAGGGUACUCGUAAAGAAAAGAACUGCAUGACUCGAGAUCAAUGGUUAAAGGAAUUGGCACCAAAAAAACAACAAAUUAAAUUAGAUGUGGAAAUGGGUAUACAAAAGUUGCGCACACCAGACGAUCCUCAGUUGGUGUUGUUUCCACCACCAUUUGGUUUCAAACCACCUGAAGCCCAAUACUCUACUAUAAGAGAGUAUGUGAGCAAACCCUUAGGCCGCCAUUAUGAUCGUGUUAGACGUAAAAAUUUGAAAUUAGCCCAACCUCGCCUACGCUAUAAUGUCAAGAAGUUCAACUUGAUCAGUUAUCGUUUCGGUGAUACCGUCAAAAGAUUUUCCCAGCUUAAAGAUCCUUUGGACGAUGUACAAAUUUUAAAACUUAAAAGCACCAACGAGUUUAUUUCAGCCAAAGCUCUUAAGGAGAAACGCCGGCAAGAGGAAAUUAAACAAAAGAGACUAAAACUUUUGGGUAUUCCCUGGCGACCAGUAAAGAAGUCUCGUUUGCAAACAAAAUGCGAAAAUUCCUCAACCAGUUCGGAAUCGGACUGGGUGCCACAACAGGAGCCUCUGGCAGAAGAUUUACAGGAAGAUAGAUUUUGCCAGACUGAAAACCCAAAAAAAUCAUUAAGAAUGCGUGGUAAUAUGCCGGCUCCCAAAUACAGGGAACCCACUUUACGCCAACAUCCCCGAAAUCCUAGAGAUUAUAACAAUCAAAGAGUUCCUUCGGAAAUGUUUGAUCAAAUAGUAAUGACUACUAACUUGCCGUAUAUGCAGAAAUUGGAUCAGGAUAAGGUAGAAUUCGCUAAUGUUGAGCAGAAAAAGAGGCCCUACACUGAUAUAUUUGAGUCCAGACAUCAUCAUGAUCACUGGAAGGCCACCCAGGUCAAGCAGGUAGAUGUUCACUACCAACCUCAUGUGGUUAUACCUGAAAUUACGAAAGUCUUGAAAAAGUCCGAUCGUCUGGUAAUAGAAAACUUUCAUAUGGCUAACCCACCUUGUAACCAGUUUGUUGAUAUGGCUCUCAGCUUGCCGCAAUAUGAAAUCGAUGAAAUGAUAAAAGAUCAUCAGCUAAAUGCCUCUAAACCUAAGUCAAAGGAAACACAUGCAAUAAAAUCAAAAAGUUUGUGCACUCAAAAAGAUUAUAAGCUACAAUCUCGUGAUCCUAAAGAAUUACAAGAUCUUGAUUAUCCAGGCCGCCAGCAGUACUUGCAAUUACUUAAAGAUGUGCGUGAAUCGUUUAAGGAAAAUCAAUAUAUUGAUGAAUCCGAAGAAAAACUUUGUGUAAAUAAAUCUGAGCUCCUCAAAGAGUUGGAAGAGGAUUUAAAAAGCAUAGAAAGUUGUUUAACUUCGUUAAGUAGUUCAAUUUGUACAAAUCUCACUAACGACAGUGGCAGUUAUUUGCUAAUGGAAGGUAAAGAAAAGAUACCUCUAGAUUUUAUACGCAAAUCUAUAGUACCCUUUGAGGAAUUGCAGAGGUCACGUUUCCAGGCCUUUCCCAUAGAUGUGGACAAAGAGCAAGCCAAUCCGUUCCAAGUUCUGCCUUUUUCGGGCCAAAAGAAAGCCCAACUAGAAUUAAAUACGGCAAAAGAUAGCUUUUUCACUUUUAAUACACGCCUUAAAAAUGGCUUGCGUCUGCGCCUGGAAGUACCCGUAGAAGAUGUUAGAGACAAGUUAUUAGGCCAAGGAAAGAUGAAAUACAAAGGUGUGGUCACCACCGAUAUAGAUGAAAACUACGUGGAAGAGUUAAAGAGACGCCCUCCCAUAAAGUUGUUUAAAUUCAAAACGGGUCAAUCAUUUAUCAAAGACGCUUUGCGCUUAAAGUUUGAAUCCAUGUUAAUACAAGGUCAAAUGGUGCGCACCAAAAUCUACGAUCGCCUUAACGAGCAACAUUGGAGCGACAUGCAAAGGGUUAAAGAACUAUUUGAAAAGCUUUUUGCCAAGUGGGAGAAGCGGGAAUAUGAUUCAGCCAUGGCUGUAGUAUAUAAAGUGAAAAACUUCUACGACGAAACCGAUCGUUUGAAAACAAACUUGAAAACGCUAGAACGUGAUUUGGUCAUGUUGAAUAUGGACAUUGUGUUCAUAGAGGGCCAUUGGGUGCGCUGUGUUAUGCUGCAAAAUUUCCACUAUUUACUGGGAGGUCAAGAGUGGCGUUUACAGCACGAUUGGAUACAUCGUCUGGAUAAUAACGAAGAUGAAUUGGAAAAUUUUGAAGCCUCUAUAGCGAAACGUUCCACUAUGAAUAUACGUAAACGGGAGAAAGACGAUGCUUGGGCUAUAAAGGCUUACUACGAAGAGGAGUAUUUACAAAAUAAACAUGAUAAUCUUAUUGUAUUUCCUAAUGCCGAAAGCUUCCUCGAAGGCUUGGACAAUUUAAAAACAAAAACCUUUAUUUUACUACUCGAAAUGCAUUUUACUUUGGCCAUACAAACGGAAUUGCAGCAUAAGUUGGAAACCUUUGUGGACUGGUGUGCAGAGGAUUUGCAUGAUAAAGAGCAGUAUGUCAGCAGAAAAUGUGCAAAAUUAUAUUUCAUGACCGAUCGAGCCAAAUGGUUAAGUCAACGUACUUUACGAUUUCUCGAAUAUCCCAUAGAAGAGUGCUUCAACGAAAAAAUGUUCCAUAGAGAUCGUGCUAUUAUAGUUGAAGCUUGGCGACGGAUUGUGCCCGGCAAUUUGAGAGGAUCAAGUGAACAAGAAUUGUAUACCAUCGAUAUGGUAGCCAUGAUGUCGGAAGUAGUGAUGGAACUUAUAGCUAAAUUCGAAACCAUACCCAUGGAUAUUACUCGUGAAACUGAAAAUAAACUACGAACGCACCGGUCAUAUUUACGUAAGCAAUCCUAUCAGGCCUAUCAUAUUGAACGAAGAAUCGACUUGGAAAUGAAAAAGGUGGUUAAAAAUCUUGAACCACCCUAUCAGAAACCGAAACGCCCAACAAAACUACCACGAUAUUAUAUUAGAAAACGUACAAGAACCGUUAAAAUCGAAGAGAAGAAAAUUUCAGAACGUGCUAAAUUCUUGUUCCGGGCUUUUCACGAGGAAGGUCUCACCGAGGUCACAGUCGAUACAAGAGACAGUAUCACACGAGCCGACACCACACAAGAACAAAUAGUGCCCUUCUAUUUUGAUCAUUUUCUGAAAUUAAAUGGCUAUACACCAAAUUAUAAUUUCAAAACAAAAAUCGAAAUGAGAGAUGGUUCGGAAAUCGAACGUUUUCAGGUUAAAACGGUUAUACCGGAAAUACAGGAGCGCAUGAAACAGUGGGAGACUAUGAAGAGGAAAAUUAUGGAAGAAAAUAUUGCUCAAAAUCCAAAAAUGUAUGUUGAUGUAAUGACUUAGUUUUUUUUAUUUGUUUUAUUUUA